UUCAGUGGCAAAAUGUCGGUGUUGGUGCUGAGAAAUAUCGCCGUUGCUGGGCGGCACCAAGCUCCCUGUGUGAACGGAGCAGUGUUUGUGCAGAGGCGCCAUGACAGCAGUGCCACAAACCUGGCUGCCCUGAAGAGAGGACGUGGAGGACGGUCGUCAUUUAGUGGAAUUGUUGCCACUGUGUUUGGAGCAUCUGGCUUCGUGGGAAGCUAUGUUGUCAACAAGCUGGGUAAGAUUGGAUCUCAGGUGAUUAUCCCUUACCGUGGGGACCCUUAUGAUGUGGCACCUCUUAAACUUUGUGGUGACUUGGGACAGAUUCUCUUCUUGCCAUAUGAACUACGGAAUGAAGAGUCUGUACGCCAGGCCAUGCAGUACUCUAAUGUGGUUGUCAACUUGAUAGGAAGGGAAUACGAGACAAAGAAUUACAAAUUGAAUGAUGUGAAUGUGGAAGGGAGUCGCCGUAUCGCCAGACUAGCGCGGGAAUGUGGUGUGUCCAGACUGAUACACUUCUCUGCUCUCAACGCCAGUCUUAACCCUCAGAUCAUCUACAUGAAGCAAGGCUCCCAGUAUCUCAUCACCAAAGCUAAAGGUGAGCUAGCAGUGAAGGAAGAGUUCCCGGAUGCGACGAUAUUCCGUCCCGCCGACAUCUACGGCCAAGAAGACAGAUUCCUCCGCUAUUACUCCAACUACUGGAGACGAUCGACAUCAAAUUCUCUUGGCUUGUGGAAGAAAGGAAGACAGACCAUAAAACAACCUGUAUUUGUAUCAGACGUGGCAGCUGGAGUUGUUGCUGCGAUCCGAGAUCCAAGCACGGCUGGCAAAACAUUUGAAAUUGUUGGCCCUCAUCGAUACUACCUGUGUGACAUCAUUGACUACAUAUACAAGCUUAUGAGAUACGAAGAUUUCAAGAUCACAAAUGUAUCACCGCUGUUGAAGUUGACUGCCACAGUUAUGGGAAUGAUGCCAAAUUACCCAAGGUUUAACAUGGAGAAAGUGGAAGCAGAACAUGUGACAGAUGUGGUGACAGGCCUGCCCAACCUGGAGGACCUUGGUGUGGAGUUGACACGGCUAGAAGACAGGGCUGACUAUGAACUAAAACCUUACCGUCUGUAUGCCUAUUAUGAGGACAAGCUGGGCGAGUUUCCCAAACCUAACCCUCCAGAGAAAGUACUAGGCUUGUAGAUAAUUCUAGUUUGCUUCCAGAUGAAACCGGGGAGGCUGUGAAGUCCACAUGGUGAGAAGAGUUAUGCAGGUGGAUUGAAUGCAUACGUGUACUGGUGAUUUGUUGUCUUAUUCCAGAAAAAUGCUGAGGAUAAUUCUACUGAUGGUUCUCUUCAGAUCUUCAGCUCCUGACAUCUGGACGAGAAUCCAGUUGUGUGGAUGAAAAGUGUCCAGAUCUAACAACAUUAUUGUAGAUCAUAAUAAUUGAGAUUGUUCUUUGUGUACUUGAGAUGUUGAAACUGCCCAGCGUUUGUCUGAUUGAUGUAGAGGACUCGGCUGCUCAGCUCAUGUGACCUGUUACAGGGCGUAUUGUGGAUGUUAAACCAUGUCUCAGUGGACAUCACAAGAGAAGUGCUACAUUUACCUUAAACCUACAAAACAGUUGGUUGUUGCAAUUCACAUACACAUGUGUCUUGUAAAUAAAGUAUAGUGUGAUGAA